GGAUUAUGAUUCCUUGAUAGCUGGUAAGGAUAUGGAUGUACAAGUAUGGAAAGCUACUCUAGAAGUGGUAAAAUCAUUAUCGGAUUUACUUUUGAGAUGUUUACCCGAUUUUUGGAAAUUAAGCAAAUCUUUUAUGGAAGGAAAAUUUCAAAAGAGUCCGGCAAUUCUUAGUGCUAACAGACGCAGACGCCAAGCCAUGGAUCUUAGAAAAGUAGAGCAAUGCCAAAAUAUGGCCAAAGGUGUAAUUGAUCUUUACGCAUCAUUGUUAUCAGAGUUCUUUUCCCUUUCAUCAUCUACAACCUCGUCGUUCGUUCCGUUACAAUCUGAUUCCGUUACCACCUGCUAUUUUUUGACAAAAAUCCUUAAUGGAAUGAGUGAAUGUGUAAACGAUAUUCAUUCGAUUAAUAUGGCAUCGGAUGUUUCUUAUGCAUUGCAAGCAUUAAUGGAUCAAACUAGAUGGAAAUUUGUAGAAAUAAUAUGUGAAGCAUGGAACGCUGAUGCUAAGAUAUUCUAUUUACUUGAGGAUUGGUCUCUUGACCAGGAUAACCGUGAGAUUACUAACUUUUUGAGAAAUUUUCAUAUAUUCCACAAGUAUAAUUCCCGUAGCGCAUACAAAAUAGCAAGCUUGGGUUACGUGUCGGGCGAUGAUGAUAAUAAAUCAUCUAGGAUUUCUGAUGCAUAUUUACAAAAAAUUAAAGGAGCAUUUCUUGACUCUUUGUAUGCUUAUUUGGAUGGCUUAGUACAUUUAGUGUUUUCGGAUUAUACGCCACUUGAAUCAUGCGAUAAAGAACCUACUGAAAUGAUUCAAAAAUUUAGGAUUGACCCGAAACAAAUAGACUCGAGGAUUUUACUUACUAUUAGUAAUCUUGUAAAUCUAAAACAGCUUAUGAUUCCCAGAAUUGUAUCUCAAUUUGAGACAGCAUAUCAUUGUAGUCUUUCUGAUGAUACUCAGACACUUAAUGAUGUUAUAAAUCAGCUUGAUGGAAUAUUGUUUGAAGAUUACCUAAAACGAAGAACUCAGAUAAUCAGAAAUAUUGUUGUUAAUGGUAUAUUGUCAGGAAACGUAGAUUGGUAUAACAUAUCGAAACCUACAGGUGAGGUACAUUCUUUUGUGUACGAGGCUUUAUUAUCACUUGUCAUAGUUCAUGCUCAAGUCAACGAUGUUGCCAAACAUCUGGUUAAUCGUACAUUAACAGCGUUGUUAGAACAUAUGGCACGAGAUUGUCUUGAAGCUUUUCAAAAAGUAGAGAAAUUCGGUAUGGGUGGUAUGCUUCAG